AAAAAACUUAUUUAAAGUGUUUAAAUAGUGUCUGAAAAAGAAAAUGAUUUUAAAGCAAUAUAUUUGUUAUAUUAGCGCCAUUUUAUGCUUGUGCAAAGUAACGGAAGUUAUCGGUGGUGCUACAGAAGAACAGAUGUGGGCCGCUGGUAAUUUGAUGAGAGAUGUUUGUUUACCUAAAUUUCCCAAGGUUACCAAGGAAAUUGCUGAUGGUAUUCGAGAGGGUAAUUUACCCAAUGAAAAGGAUCCAAAAUGUUAUGUCAACUGUAUAUUGGAAAUGAUGCAAACGAUGAAAAAAGGCAAAUUCUUGUAUGAGGGUUCCCUUAAGCAAGUCGACAUAUUAAUGCCCGAUCAUUUUAAGGACGAAUAUAGAGCAGGUUUAGCUAAAUGUAAAGAUGCAGCUGUUGGCAUUAAAAAUAAUUGUGAUGCUUCAUAUGCAAUUUUCACUUGUCUCAGAGCAGAAAUCACCAGAUUUGUAUUUCCUUAAAGAUGGAAAUAAUGUGGAAUUGAGUUCGUUUUUUUUUUAAAUUUUAGUUUUAGACAAUAUUGGCUAAGUUGCUUAACAUUGGUAAAGUAGUUGUAUAUAGUAGAUUUAAAUGUAUAUCUUUGAAUUAGUAAAUUAUUUAAAUAAAAUAAUAUAAUACA